AUGAAUCCAUCCGCAGCAUUCCCCAAGGCCGCGGGCCUCCCCCGCGCGCCUGCUGCGCGCACCACCGACAUGUUCAAAGCAGACAACCGGUUCUUCCAUCUGCUCCGCAAACCAGAAACGAAGCUAUCAUGCGACAGCCUCUGCUUCCUCCACCACACGAUUGAGGGAAGGGAUAUACAAGAAGAGAGCGUCGUUCGCGCCCUCCGCUCGGGUAGAUUUUCCAUACGACUUCACCCCCUCUCGGCAAUAGCCGACCCUUACAAAGUUCUCGGAGUGGACAAGGGUGCCUCCGCCGGUGACAUCAAGAAGGCGUACUAUGGCAUGGCCAAGAAGUAUCAUCCGGAUACUAACAAAGAUGAGAAUGCCAAGGAAAAGUUUGCCGAGGCCCAAUCGGCCUAUGAACUCCUAUCCGACGCGAAGAAACGUGAGAAUUACGAUCGAUUCGGCUCUGCAGCGUUUGACCAGAAUGGCGGGUUCGACCCCAAUGCGGCUGGAGGGAAUCCGUUUGCCGGUGCAGGUGGCUUUGGUGGAUUUGGUGGUGGCUUUGGAGGAGCUGGAUUCGGCGGAGGGUUUGCACAGGACAUCAACUUUGAGGAUCUCUUUGGAGCCUUUGCCGGAGGUGCUCGGCGAGGCGCUCGUGGCCGACGCAACCCGUUCCAAGAACAAAUACUCGUGGGCGAGGACAUCGAGGUGCAAAGCAACAUUUCGUUCAUGGAUUCCGCAAAGGGAACGUCACAAGAUAUCGUUAUCACGCCUUUGACUGAGUGCGGAACUUGCAAGGGCGACGGACUUAAGUCUGGAGCCAAGCGGUCCCAGUGCAAGCAAUGCAAUGGCUCCGGAACCCGUGUUCAUUUCAUGCAGGGUGGCUUCCAGGUUGCUGCGACUUGCGACGCCUGUGGUGGUAUUGGCAUGACCGUUCCCCGGGGAUCGGAGUGCGGCAGCUGUCGUGGCAAUGGCGUGGUCCGAGAGCGCAAGACCAUCAAGAUAGAUAUCCCUGCUGGUGUUGAAGACGGCAUGCGCAUGCGAGUGAGCGGAGAAGGCGAUGCCCCACCUACUGGGACCUCGGCCGCGGCUGGCUCUCGUACUCAGCGUGGUGAUCUUUAUGUCACCAUUCGUGUCGCCCCCGAUCAGCGCUUCAGCCGCAAUGGAUCCGAUGUUCUCUACACAGCCUCGAUUCCGCUCACUACAGCCCUGCUGGGUGGUGAGGUGACGAUUCCGACUCUGGACAAAGAUGUGAAGGUCAAGGUGAGCACUGGUACUGGCACUGGUGAUCGCAUCACGCUGUCAGGUAUGGGCAUGAAGAAACUCGGUGGUCGCGGGCGCUUCAGCCCUACAGGCGACUUGAAGGUUGAAUUUAAGGUUGCGAUGCCGAAGUACCUGACUGGCAACCAACGGACAAUUCUCGAAGUCCUCGCGGAUGAGAUGGGCGACAAGACGGCCCGGCGGACCAUGAACUUCAGCAAGGAGAGUCCUCCAUCCGAAACAAGCGACGAUGCGAGCAAAAACGAAGGCUUUCUCAAGUCCGUCUGGCACAAGCUGAUGGACAAGAAUACCGACGCUCCUAAGACCGAAGCCAAGGACACCAAGAACACCCAGGAGUCCAAAGACUCGAACCCGAAGGGCGAGGCCAGCAAGGACUCGAAGAAGUCGAGUUAA